UCCCCCCUCUUUUUUUCUCAUAAACGUCUCGCGCUGUCCCCCUUUCGACGCACCAGUUGAUCCCCGCGGAGACCACAGCGCGGCUCGUCACGGCGCAGCCUCCGACACGUUGGCCAGGAGGAGUGGAAGCAGAGACCAGCGGCAGCCUCUCGCCGGGAUCUUUUUCUUCUUAUUUAUCCUUUCGUUUUCUGCUGGAAUCGCGCGUGUGCGUGUGAGUGAGGGUGUCGGGCUGUCAGGAAUCGGUUGCCGGUGCUCAUGAAGCGGCACAGAGACGUUAUAUAAGGCGAAUAACGGAUAGAGAUGCGACCGUGUGCGACAGCGUAAUCUGGCUGGAAAGGCGACAGAGAGAGACGCAGGACCCUCAAGCUGAAUUAGCUGAUAGACGUGUGCCCGGUCCUCUUUACAGGCCAUUUCAUUGAAACCGCGAGCUAGCUUAAAAAGCCGCUGCCAAUGCUGGUUCAUUCACUAUUGUGUGCGUUUGAUUUAACUUAGCUAGGCGGCUAACCCGGACUCGCUGCUAUCGCAGAUGAGCGGUGUGCGUAGCGGAAUGAUGAUGAGAAGAAACCUCCGACAGACCGGCGCUAAUGGCUCAGAUUAAUUAUCAAAAGCUAUUUUGUAAUUGGUUCGUGUGAUUAUCGGGUUCAACACCACAGCGCGGUGCGUCUGGACAGACUUUGCGGGAGAAGCGAUCAUUCAUAAAACUGUCCUGGAGGCGAGGAAUGGGCCCAUGUCUUAAUUUGGAAAACAAAGAAUUAGGCUACUGAAGAGGGUAAGCUGGUUAGAUAAGCUUGUUCUAGCUUUUUUAGUUGAGCUAGCAAGCUGGUUGACCCUUCAGUCGCGUAGUCUGGACUGUGUUCUCCGCUGGUCUCCUUCCUUCCAUCUGCUGGGAUAAAUUCUCCCGGUUUUCACGCCUUUUGUUGAUCCUGCGACGCGCCACGAUGGGUGGUCAUGCCGGGAGCGCCGAGCCGGUAGAAGUGGAGCCCAUGCCAGGAUAUUUGGACCUCAUCACCAGAGCCUCCACCAUCAUACUGGGCGCAUGGAGGGACUGUAGCAACUGCGGUCUGGAGCUCUCCAAACAGACUCUUCUGGAUAACGCAUACAUUACCUGGGUCGAAAUCGCCCUCUUUUUCUUUUGCGCCUUUUUGUGGACGCAGGUCAGGCGGGGACUGACAGAAAGUCUGUUUAAGCCUCUAGCACAGUGGUGCAGGCUGCUGCCCAAAGAUGCUGCCAAGAUGCCGGAGAGUGCGUGGAAGCUGGUCUUCUACACUAUGUCAUGGUCCUACAGCACCUACCUACUUUUCUUCACCUCCUACUCCUUUUUCAACGACCCACCCUCGGUCUUCUACAACUGGAAGAGUGGUAUGUCAGUGCCUCUAGACAUCGCCAUAGCCUACCUGAUCCAAGGCAGCUUCUACGGCCACUCCAUCUAUGCUACGGUCUACAUGGACGCUUGGAGGAAGGACUCUGCAGUCAUGGUGGUGCACCACAUCAUCACACUGGCUCUCAUUUCCUUUUCCUAUGCCUUCAGAUACCACAACGUUGGGAUUCUGGUGUUAUUCCUGCAUGACAUUAAUGACAUCCAACUGGAGUUCACAAAGCUCAACGUCUACCUGAAGUCCAGAGGAGGAGGAUAUUACCUGCUCAAUGACGUGCUGUCUAACAUGGGCUCCGUUAGCUUCAGCAUCACCUGGUUCUGGUUCCGUCUCUACUGGUUCCCUCUCAAAGUGCUGUACGCCACAUGUGUUUCCAGCCUGCAGUCUGUCCCCACCAUCCCCUUCUACUUCUUCUUUAACGCACUUCUGUUUGCGCUGCUCAUCAUGAAUAUCUACUGGUUCUUGUUCAUUGUGGUCUUUGUAGUGAAGGUGCUAAAGAUGAAGGAAGUGAACGACGUCCGGGAGUACGAGGACGAGGACAGCAGCAAGGCAGCGGCGAAACUGCUCAGAGAUCUUCAGGCGCAGAACAACGACGACGAUGCUGGACAUCACAAUUCCACUGAGGGGAAGCACGUGCAGAACGGGAUCACUAAGGAGAAGCAUCUAUAACCGCCUCUCCACCGCCGCCACCUGGCACCACGCUACUAGUGCAUACCCGGUGGGACGCAACUCCUCAAAAGGCUCGCACUCCCAGCGUGGCUGAACCGAUGAGUGUGAAAACAAGAAAAAAUUGGAAAAACACCAAGUUAGAGCGCGAUGAGUUUGUAUUCUUUUUAUUUGUUUUAGGACAUUUCAUUUCAUUACUGUCAUUUUGUUUUCAGGUUUUGUUUUGUUAGAGCACUGUGAAUGUUAUUUCAGCUGACUUUUCGUCUUACUGUUGGUAACUUUGCAUUUGAUAGAUUCAGUAGAACACCAGUUGAGUGAGAGUGAGAGUUGGACUGUGACUGUACAGGGUGUCAUUAUUCAUCACUUCGCCCUCUCACCACCACAGCACCCAGACAAGGACGAGGUUUUGGCCGGUAAAAGCACUAUGGAUACUAAGAUCUGUAGUGAAGACGACGAACAAGCAAUAUGCUACUUCUACAAGGGUGACAUGUUUCCUAAUGUGCUCCUUUUCUUCCUUCCUUCUCCUACUUCAACUUCCGUCCAUCCCCAGACUGAAUAAACGAGUCAAGAAAGAUAAAAAUGAAAAAAAAAAAAAGAAAGAAAAAAAACGCAAAAAGAAGAAGAAAACUACAUGAUUGAGGGAUGCAGGGUGAGCCUGCCUCAUUGUCUGGAGCUGCUGCACCACAUGGAUUGAUUUUCAAACCAUUUGUGGCAGCUGCACAGCUGCAGCCCUCUGCAUCUCUUAGUUUGAACUGAGAAGCAGGUAUGUGUGAGUGUGUGUGUGUGUGUGUGUGUGUGUAUGCGUGUGUGUGUGUGUGUGUGUAUGUAUGUAUACUGAUGAUCAACAGGCAUUGGGAUUAUUCCCCUUCAGCAUUCCUGUGUGGAGAAAGCUUUUAUCUUUUUUUUUUUCUUUCUGUAAUUGUAGUUCCUCAGUGUGCGUUGCGAAGCAUCUGUUGCUGCACUGACAUGAAGGCAAACAAGCUGACUGCUGGUUUAAUGACAGCAAAUAGCGAGAAUUGAUUGAACGGGUUUUUAAACGUCAUCCUCAUGAUUUAAUUUGUUUGAACCCACAUGGAUUUGAAUCACAUUUUAAAGCAGUUUGCAGGUGGUGGCGGGGCGGCUAUUGGGUUUGCAAAAGAUUUGAAACAAUAGCCCUGAACAUGUGUAAAGAUAAAAGAUCAGUAUGUUAUUUAAAAAACAAACAAAAAAAAGAAUCUAAUCAUGUAUGCACACAUUAUGGUAUUCAGGAAUGCAUGACAUUGGAAUGAUUUUUUGGAAAUAUGCUAUAAAAUUGUCAAAAAUCCUCUAGCUAUGUAAUCAUAACGUCUUUAUUAUAGUCAGAAGUUCAUCCUGAAAUUGAUCUUUUUUGAAGCAGCGCUGACCACCACAAACACACACACACACAAACACACUCAUACAAACAGAGAGCAACUCGGCGUCCUGUGAAAUUCACACACAGGUCCUUCAGGACUGUGUGGCUCCAAAAGAGCUCAUCAGACGCACAUGUAGAAUCAGUAAGGCCUGAGAUUGAGGGGGGAUUUUUAUCUAAUCUGACCUGAACUCAGUAAAGGGAAUCGUUUCAUUUCACUGGUUUCAUUUCUCUUGCUGGUUACUGUGUGUGUUACUGGAGCAGCUGCUGCACUUCUAUUAAAUAAGGGAUGUUUCUAUUUUUACUACCUUCUCGAUCAAAUUCAAGCUCUUGUUUGGAUGAACAGCAUGCUUGUGCUGCUGGAGCAGGCCGCAGAUGUUGUCUGUUCGUUCUGUUUUAGUUUGUUCUCCACAGUCCCCACGUCGGCGCGACGGAGGGGACUGAAACUAACUUUUAAUUUUUACAUGAAGCUAUCACUAUUAUUGCUAUAGUUCAGGUUAUCCUUGUUGAUUUUUACAUUCUUUUUGAAUUGCUGCUGUUAUUUUACCUGUGAGAGCACUGUUCGUAUCCCAGAUGUGUUUCAUUUCCUGCUGCGUAUCGUCUACUCGGAUCAGGUAUUUUCACCCGGGACCAGGGAAAGCAGUUUUGUCCAUGUGCCGGUACAUUCAAACCUCUGGAUUUAGUUUCCGACCUCUUUGUUUUUAAUCUGAAUGCCGACUCGCACUCGCCGCAGUGGAGCCACACGACACAUCUGUACUGUAAGUGACAUGGUUCAUCCGACAUGUUGCUGUCGUUCCUGUUCAACUGUGAGACUAGAAUAUCCAUCAGUUUGCUGAAACGAUGUGAUGACGGAAAUAAUACCUGGACUGGGACUGAAGACUGCAGUAGACCCACAAAGACCUGUGAUCUGGAUUCGGUGCGACUCAGGCCUGAGAUGGUGGCGUGGAUGACAUGGUAUUGUGUGAUACACACUUGUUUUCUCCUGCUCUUUCACACCACACACAGUGCUGUGUGGCGUCAACGGGUAGCUACUACUCGGGGUGGGCAAUAAGAUUAAAUGUACCACUAGACAAGACUGUAAUGUUUACAACGUGGUGUUUACCCUCUCUGACACCUCUGUGUAUGUUCAGCUUUUACAGACAAUGUCUUUAAACAAUUAAUGGCUUUUAAUUCAUGUUUUUUUUUUUUAUUUAAAAAUGGUUUUGAGUAUUUAAAUUUAUGAAUUUCCCCCUCCCCUUAAAAAAAAAAAAAAGGCAAAACAAAAUAGCAAAAACACACAAACUCCCCAAACCUUUGAAGUGUGUGAAGUAUGUAAUUUAUUUCUAUGUGCAAUAAAAGUUUCAAUACCUGGAAACCAUCAGCACUGAGUUUAUUUAAAGAAACAAAAUUGAAAAGGAAAAAAUAUCUCCAAUGGCACAUCAUGUUCAUAAUGGUAAAUUCUAAUUUCUUUUAUUUUUUUGCAUCAUUUUACAUUGCCCACCCCCAGCACAGAAUUCCCUGAAGUGCAUCACUCGUAAAGUUGCACGCAACUUGCCGGGGCUGAAGAUUUUCCAAGCUUGUUUUUUGCCUAUUUGCGUGAUUCUUAUGUUAAACCAAUCAGAAACGGUCCAGUAAAGAAGAAUAAUCUUAAUCAUAAAGUUGUGUGAAUACACAACAAUGACACUUAUUGGUUUUAGUUCAUCUUAAGAAAAUCAGGGUGUUAUUUGAAGGAAUAAUUUAGUUUUUUUUUUCUUUCUAAGUUUGUAAUACAGAUGGUUUACAGACGUUCAGCUCUGGAUCUCCAUAUUGAGAUCAGCAAAUUGUGAAAUGAAGGGAGUGGUGGUGUUGUGACUGAUGCUUGUGAGCUGCGUUGUAAAGCUGCAUUGGGCACCUUAUAGCAAACACUGUGGAGUAGUGCCGAUACUCCGGGGAUCUGCCGUCCGUCUGCACACACCAAUACGAUCAGCACGGAAAUAUCAGAGCAAAGGCACUGAAUCCACUCGGCCUGCUGCUGAAGUUAGUGUAAUAUUGGAUUUUUUUUUUUCCUCUCGUUUCCCUUAAUUUAAAAUAAUAAAUAAUGAUGAAAUGAACCACGUUUGCAAAUUUAUCAGCAGAGCAGCAACGUUGAUGAAGCCACUGUGUUUCGAAGGCUGCAGUUUAUUUCUAAUGCAAUAAUCGAGAGUAUUACAUAUCAGCCUGAAUUCGUCUGCUUCCCUGAGAUAACAAGAUCAUGAAGGGUGAUUUCAUUGUUUUGUAUUUUCUCUAAGUGGUGGGACUGAGCAGCGGCAGUGAUGAAGAUGCUGUCUCACACAUCUCGGUGAACUGGAUUGACAGUUUUCUCUCCAUCAUGUAAAAGUGUUUCCAUUGAGGCUUUGAUUGUGCCAAAAA